UGUGCGUUGAAGCCGGAGACCGCGGCGGCCUCUGCUAGGACUCUCCGCCCCGGAGCCGCCGGCCGGAGCCGCAGCCUCAGCCGCAGCGCCCCCGCCGUCUGUCCCCCUCCCCCGCCGCCUCCGCCGGAGCCGCCUCGUGCACUCUGGGGUAUGGCCGUCAAUGUGUACUCCACAUCCGUGACCAGUGAAAAUCUGAGUCGCCAUGACAUGCUUGCAUGGGUCAAUGACUCCCUGCACCUCAACUAUACCAAGAUAGAACAGCUCUGUUCAGGGGCAGCCUACUGCCAGUUCAUGGACAUGCUCUUCCCUGGCUGUGUGCACUUGAGGAAGGUGAAGUUCCAGGCCAAACUAGAGCAUGAAUACAUCCACAACUUCAAAGUGCUGCAAGCAGCUUUCAAGAAGAUGGGUGUUGACAAAAUCAUUCCUGUAGAGAAAUUAGUGAAAGGAAAAUUCCAAGAUAAUUUUGAGUUUAUUCAGUGGUUUAAGAAAUUCUUUGACGCAAACUAUGAUGGAAAGGAUUACAACCCUCUGCUGGCACGACAGGGCCAGGACGUAGCACCACCUCCUAACCCAGGUGAUCAGAUCUUCAACAAAUCCAAGAAACUCAUUGGCACAGCAGUUCCGCAGAGGACGUCCCCCACAGGCCCCAAAAACAUGCAAACCUCUGGCCGACUGAGCAACGUGGCCCCACCCUGCAUCCUCCGGAAGAAUCCCCCAUCAGCCCGAAAUGGCGGCCAUGAGACUGAUGCCCAAAUUCUUGAACUCAACCAACAGCUGUUGGACUUGAAACUGACAGUGGACGGGCUGGAGAAGGAGCGUGACUUCUACUUCAGCAAACUUCGUGACAUCGAGCUCAUCUGCCAAGAACACGAAAGUGAAAACAGCCCUGUUAUCUCAGGCAUCAUUGGCAUUCUGUAUGCCACAGAGGAAGGGUUUGCGCCCCCUGAGGACGACGAGAUUGAAGAACACCAACAGGAAGACCAGGACGAGUACUGAGGGCGGCUGGGCCCUGGCUGACUGCACAGCUUCCCCGUGCCUCCCCUCCCUGCUCCUACCCCACAUUAUAAUCCUUUCCUUACAGCGGUCGGCCGGGUGCUUUGUGUCAGUGCCACAGCACUGGGGAGCUGGGCGAGCAGGAGUGGGGGGAUGGGGCAGGUGAACGGGCAGAGGCCCCAUCCUUGUGUGGCAGUGGCCCAGUGGGCAGGAGCCCUGCCCUCUCCCCACCCCUAUUUAUUUCCGUUGUCUCUAUGCUGUGUUGGCCAACACUUCCCAGGGUGCUGCUGCCACCCACCCCAGCCAGUCACCUGCUCCCCGACAGCCAGCAGCUGUAUAUUUGACAAAGGCAUUGGUAUAUUUUUACUUACUGGAUUUUCCUUGCACUUUACCUGUUGUUUUCCAGGGCUGACAGCAAGGCUCCGGGGCAGUGUGUCUGGCUUGGCUUCCCUUCUCCAUGGCCGGGGCUGGGUGGGACUCACCAGUUCUUAUUUAUUUUGUCCUUCGGCUUCCCAGUAAUUGGGGGGAAUGCUGAUGUCAGGGGAGGGAGAGGGGCUGAGGAGGCGGGGCUGUAGGCCUGGGGGUCAGGGAGAGGGAGGGGAGCACGCGAGGGAUGGAAAUGAGCUCCCAGCAUCGGGCUCGCCCACCCAAGGCUCCCCACCCCCAGCACCGAAGCCCAGCACUGCCCCAAGGCCCCCUGCCUUCCCUCCUGCAACCUGGUCACACCACACAGACUCUGCCUGGACCCUACUGUACGUCUGCCUCCUGUCUGCCCGCCUCCCUACCCACUGCCCCUCGGGCACCAGCCUGCAUAUGUGUUCACUUUUAUUUAAAUAAACUCGUGUGGUAAAAGUC